AGUCUCUCGCCGUGUCUCUAAUCGCGCAGCAUCCGCGCUCACUUCGUCGCUUCUUGUUUAAUCUAAUAUUUUCUUACGAAUAGUAAUUUUUGUAUAGAUUUGUAUUGGAACACUAACAGAAGUUUAUUUAGUUUUAACUUGCGUAUUAAUAAUAUUAAUUUUGUUUUGGUUAUCUUCAUUAUGGUGAAAAGUGAAAAAUGUGGACGAGUAGACGGAUUUGAUAUUGUCAACAUGGUCAUAAAUUUAAAAUGACUUAUCCUAUAGUAACCCUUCUGCGACUAUGAGCAAGCAUUGAGCGGGCGAGAUGGACGACCCGGAGCGAAUCGCGCGAGAUGGCGCCGCGUGUGCGCUGCGCAAUAAUCAAACGAAGCCGCCUGAAGGUUUAUACUGCGAGGGUACGUUCGACACUUGGCUGUGUUGGCCCCACACGCCAGCGAACUCCACAGUCUACGAGCACUGCCCUGAAUUUGUCCAUGGCUUUAGCCCUGAACUGAUGGCGCACAAAGAGUGCACUGAGAACGGGACGUGGUACAAACAUCCGCUAACUGGUUUACCUUGGUCCAACUACACAACUUGUGUGAAGCCGGAAGAUGUAAGUAAACAACAACACAGCUGAGUCUUUUCAAGUGAAAACUUCUUUAGAAUCGUUAUGAUUUGAAACUCGAUGAAAACGAAAAAGCGACACUAAAAAGAGACAAACGUAUACAUCCAUAGAAUUUAGUCUGCGGGAGAAUGAAAUAGAAUAUUAUAUUAUUCGUAUUUAGGACAUCUAGCGUCUAUUUUACGUACCAACUUAUAGUCAAUCAAUUAUUGUUCGAUAAAAUGACUUUACCUAUAGAAUGGAGUAGAUGAUGCUAUAACAAAGCAAUUUCACUCAAAAGAAAAUAUUGUUUUCAUUUAUUACACUAAAAUUAGGUUCUACAUGUCUUGAAAUAAGGAUCAUAAUAUUUAUCUUCUCUAUAAUAUAAAAAUCAAUAGCUGUGUUAGUCUCGCUAAAACUCGAAAAUUACUGAAGCGAUGUUAAUGAAAUUUUCUGUGUUAGAGUGGGAUGUAAACGAUUCACAAUUAGAGAUCCGGAAAUCACCCGUGCGAAGCCGGGGCAGAUCGCUAGUUCGUUAUAAAAUUAAAAUUUUGUUUCAUAUUUUAUGCUGCGCUUGUAGAUGAAAAUUAUCAUAUUAUUAAAUAAUCUCAUUUCAAGGUUUCGCUUCGCAUGCGGUAGCGUGUGAAAUGCACAUUUUAAUUAUAUUAUCAAUGAUUUUCAGGACGUCAGUGAAAUAAUCACCGUGUACGAGAUGGGCUAUAGCGUAUCGCUCGUCGCAUUACUUGUCUCGCUUGGUAUACUUUUCUACUUUAAGUAAGUGAGUUUUCGACGUUUUAAAAUCAGCAAAAGUAAUCAAUAGUACAUUCAGGAUUACAAUUAUUUUUUAAUUUGCAGAAGUCUACGGUGUGCCCGAAUCACAGUGCAUAUGAAUCUCUUCGCGUCGUUCGCUGCGAAUAACGCGUUUUGGUUGGCAUGGUAUGGCCUCGUAAUACGCUCCCCCUCAACUUUGAGCGACUCACCGGUAUGGUGUCGCAUCCUCAACGCUGUACUUCAGUACGUCCUGCUUACUAACUAUACGUGGAUGCUGUGUGAAGGGCUGUACCUUCAUACGGUGCUAGUCAGUGCGUUUGUGUCGGAACGCCGUUUGGUACGCGCUUUGCUGGUGGCAGGAUGGCUGUUACCUGUACUACCUGCUAUCAUUUACGUCAGUCGCCGUGCCGCAGCUGAUGAGCAGUUGUGUUGGAUGGACGAUGGUCCUCCCAGGCUGGAACUUGCCGUGCUUGUAUGCAUCGCUGUAGUUCUCAACCUUGGCUUUCUAUGCAACAUUGUCCGCGUUCUUUGUACGAAGCUCCGCGCAGGUGGCGCGGCUGGUGGUGCAGCGCGUCCCUCCGCUACCGCACUCCACGCAUUACGCGCGACCUGUCUUUUAGCACCCUUACUUGGGUUGCAGUACUUAUUGACGCCUUUUCGGCCGGACCGUACGGCAAGCUGGUGGCUCGUGUACGAGUAUAUAUCAGCGCUGACAAUCUCACUGCAGGGCUUGUGCGUUGCGGUGCUCUAUUGCUUUUGCAACGGCGAAGUAUUGGCCCAACUGCGGCGCCGUUGGCGGGUACUAACGUUCCGGCCUCGCGCCAACUCCACUACUAACACCACGGUGUCUGUAAGUAGACUGUUGGAGCGUUGAAUGUUUUCCGUAGUGUGCUAUAUAAUAUGACAGAUGCAUGUGUUCCAGUUUGUGCGGUCGGCUGCUCCGGGGGCGGGGGAGGAUAAAGUGUGACUGGCGGCGGGCGGCGGAUGCGCGGGUGCCGCGGGGGAUAAUGGGAACAUGGUGGACGGUCAAGACAAGAACGAGAGACGACGUAGUGACGGUCGCCACAUACGCUUCGAUUGUGUGGACAGCGACGAAGACGCGCCUCCGCAUACUCGACUGCUCUAAGUUCCUUCCCCCCGCUACCCUCAUUUUGAAUGUGCCGCGCCCGCUGCCCCUUUAUUUACCCAAUUAGUUUUAAGUGAACAAUAAUUUGUCGGGAUCAAACUUUGAUGUGACAAUUGUGGGUCACAAGUGAACUUAUAGAGACGAUUGACGGAUCAAUCGAACCGGGUUCUUUACUUUAAGAUAGUUCUAUUACCGUUAUGUAUGAUAAUGAGAUGAGCUAUGUAUGAUUGUUGAUUAGUACCUUUAAGAGAAAUGCAUAUAGCUAACAGUAUAUAAAUCUUGUGUUGUUAAUAGAAAAAUGCAAAGACCGAACGAGUCAUCGAAAUAAAUAAUUGUAAUACAAAAUCAUUCUUACCACGUUUUUAUUGUACCCUAGCUCAUUGCAAGGAAACAUUAAAAUCGAUUGCUAAAUUUGUACCGAACAAAUAGAAAAGACCGACAUAAAAACGUGGUAAGAAAUAUGCGCCUUUAUCUUAUAUCUCUUCAUUUUAUUAUAUUUUUGUAACCGUAAAAUUAUAUUUUGUACUGUUUAAUGCAAUGUGAGGAUUGUAAAUAUUUGUAUAUAGUUUUGUAAACUGCAAAUACAAACAUUUCACGAGGUGU